AUUUUCACAAUUACAGACGUUCGCUACAUUCAUAAGUAAAAAUCGAUUUGGAAGUACUACGAGAAAUUCACGCACGCGAUAUCAUGAGCGCAAGCUCAACGCCCUUACAAUCGAUGCACGUGAACUAUCGUAAACAGUCGUUUUCCACCUGCUCGCGAAUAUGCAUCUCUCCGUUCGACGUCAGACAGAUCCACCGCAAAACACAAACUACGAAGAAGAUAUCGUUUACGUGACGAAACACAACAAAUGGGUUCUGAAUUCCAUCGGGAUGUGGCCUGCUGUGCUAAAAGGGAUCGGCAAAUUUAUACCAAAAGUCGUAAUCGGUCUCAGUAAUAUCGUGUCGUUUUUCAACGUAGUGCAGUGUGUGCUAUACAUUACACUGGAAGAAAAAGAUCCUUUACUAAGACUGAGGCUCUUAGGCUUGGCUUGCUUUGCUUCAAUCAACCUGAUGAAGUAUUGGGCUUUGAUAUCACGCAAAACGAAUAUCGAAUAUUGUAUCGAACAGGUGCAUACAGAUUGGAAGCAGGUAGAGUUUCAAAGAAAUCGCAUAUUGAUGUUAAAAUACGGAAAGAUGGGACGAGAUCUGACCAUAUACAGCGCCGUGUUCAUGUAUAGUGCUGAAAUAUGCUACGUUACAAUCAUGCAGUAUGCAAUGGGAUUGAAUAUGAAGGAAAAUAAUCGUACAAUCAGACUGUUAGUGUAUCCUACAUAUAGUGGAUUUUUCGAUGCUCAAAAAAGCCCUGUCUAUGAAAUUGUAUACGUUCUUCAAUGCAUGUGUACAUUUUUGUUCAACUCCGUAACAGUUGGGUGUUGUGGAUUGGCUGCACUUUUUGCAACACAUGCCUGUGGACAGAUUGAUGUCGUCAUAUCUCAAUUAGAUGAUCUGGUGGAAGGAAAAUUCUCCGAGAAAAAUUCUAAUCCAAACACUCGACUGAUGGAAAUCGUAAAACAUCACAUAAGAAUUUUAAAAUUUUCUGCGAUGAUUGAAACGGUUCUGCAGGAAGUGUGCUUUUUCGAAUUCGUUGGUUCCACGUUUGUAAUAUGCUUGCUCGAAUACUAUUGUAUAACGGAUUGGCAACAGAACGAUAAAAUUGGUCUGGCGACUUACUCGAUGCUAUUAUUGUCUUUGACCUUCAAUAUGUUCUUGUUAUGCUACAUUGGCAAUCUUCUAAUAGAAAAGAGUACUAGCGUCGGAAUAUCCUGCUAUAUGAUUGAUUGGUACCGCUUACCUAUCAAGACAGUUCAAGACCUCAUAUUCAUCAUCGCUAUGUCAAAUAAUCCGGCAAAAAUUAGCGCCGCCAGAAUAUUUAUUUUAUCUUUGCCUACUUUUGGGAAUGUUCUAAAGACAUCGUUCGCGUAUUUAAAUUUCAUUCGCAAUACCAUUAUCUACUAAUUUCACAAUUAUUCUAUUAUUUUCAUAUGUCUAAUCAUAGAUGAAUAAAUAAAUGUAUUAUGAAAGUAUUCUUUGCUAGUAAAA